CCCGCGCUUAGCACCCCUCGCUCAUCCACUGCGGGACAUAAAGUUUUACCCAGAGGCUGAGUUUUGUAGGGGGUUAUAGGGAGGCUCCUUGUCUGCACUCACAGCUGCGCUAAAGAGAAUUGGGGAGGGGCUGAACCGGCAGGACUGGCCAGCCGCCUUGCCUUUGUUGGAAAGGGGAGGAGCCCUGAGCUUUGAGCCUAGACUGGCCGUCAGGAUGUCCCCUUUACGUUUCUGUUUGCAGACUGAAUCGGGGGCCCAGGUGGUGGUACGGCUGCCUGGCCCCUCCUUCCACAGUGGCAUUAACUCCCUCCCUUUACUGGUAAAAUUCCCAGUAGGACAUUUGGCAAAGGGGCCGUGCAAGGAGCUGCCAACCGGGCCUGGCCCUGUUUCCUGGGUUCCCAGGGUGCUGGCUUCUCCCCUACCCUGACUUCCUCUCUCACCUUAGGGCCCCAAGUGAAGGAACCAGCCCUCCCGUCUCUUCUUCCUCAGGCGGGUUGGGACUUGCAAAGCGAUCUAACAAGCAGAGGAGGAAAAUAACAACAGAAUAACUGUAAGGGGAAGGAAUGAGUAAUAAAGCCUACCCAGGCAGGGAGGAGGGCUUUCAUGUUUAAGAGACGCUAUUUGCUUUUUAGGUCACAGGCUGCAAAACAGGCUUUGAUCCGAAGUGGGCGAAUAAUUUAUUGAGAAAGUUUGCAUGGUAGGGGAAAAAAGGGGAUGUUUGUUUGAUCUGGAGUCCUCUGCGUUGUCCCAAGUGCUGUUGGGUGUUUGGAGUGGAAAAGCAUUUGGUUCUACAGCAAAUCCCUCACAGAGGGAAGUCCUUGCCCCAGGCAGCAAGCCUUGCACUGAAUGUUGAUUUUGAAACUGUUUGGCCAAAGGUCUCUCUAGCACUUUUGGAGAUGAAGUGUUUAAGGACAAAGUUGUUUGGACUUGGGAUGCAGCAAUGUUUCCAGAACAUUUCCCAUCCAGCAUGCUUUUCCUUUGCCUAAAUUGCUCGGCUAAAUGGCCAGUAACACUAAUCCAAGAGAGCUUCCACUUGGCUUUCAUUGGUAGGUGAGGUGGGACUGCUGGUCCCAGCCCCCAAGGUGCACCCCAGAAUUUUGAGAAUAGGCCUUUGACACUGACUACCACAUCUUUGAGGUAGCACUGGUGGUGGGGGGUGGCGAGCAGUGUGUUUUGGCUAACUGGAGUUGCUGGUGACAGGGAGGAGCUUAUCUUAUACCCAAGACCUGGUUCAGUGACUUCCAGUCCAAAUUCUUCACAACUCAUCCAGCAAGCUCUUCACAGACCUCAUAGUUAGUUCUACCUUUAGGUGCUCCAGGGCAAGGUCAGGAUUGUGGGGAGGAGUUACCCCUGGCCUGCUUUGUCUUCCAUCCACGUAAGACCCUGACUGUGUGGCUCAAAGUUUAGGAACCCAGAAAGGUUCUCAGAUAACCCAUAGGAAUCUGGAGUACCCCAACCACACUCUGGGCUACAAUAGGCCUGAGUACCAGUGGGAGGUGGCGGGGUGGGGAGGGGGCAGGGUACAGCACCUGGCGUCAGAUAACCUGUAUUUGAAUGCUAUAGCUGUGCAGUCACCAGCUGUGACAGUUGCUUUGUUCUUCAUUUUCUUCAUCUGCAAGUGGGGUUAAUAACAGUCCCUACCCCAUGAUUGGUAUAUGGAUUGAGCAAUAUAUUGCAUAAAGAAGAUUAAACCCAAAGCCAGGCAUGUGGCUAGGCCAGAGAGCCAGCUCCCUUCCCUGAAGAAGGGCUCCGAAGGACCUUGCAGUGGCCAAUGGGCAGCCAUCUGUGGGAGCGAGCGGACUGAGCUCUGCCCUGUCUGAGGUGGAGGGUAGGGUAAGAAGGUGCAGAAGGACAAAGUAGACAAAGCCCCUUUCAUUCUUCCAGGAUCCCCUAGAUGGAAGAGAAGAGGCGAAAAUACUCCAUCAGCAGCGACAACUCUGACACCACUGACAGUCACGCUACAUCUGCUUCACGAUGCUCCAAACUGCCCAGCAGCACCAAGUCGGGCUGGCCCCGGCAGAACGAAAAGAAGCCCUCAGAGGUCUUCCGGACAGACUUGAUCACAGCCAUGAAGAUCCCAGACUCCUGCCAGCUCAGCCCGGAUGACUACUACAUCCUAGCGGACCCAUGGCGACAGGAAUGGGAGAAGGGUGUGCAGGUGCCCGCUGGGGCAGAGGCCAUUCCAGAGCCCGUAGUGAGGAUCCUCCCGCCGCUGGAAGGCCCCCCUACCCAGGUGUCCCCUAGCUGCUCUGAACUUGGCGAGGGCUCCCAGCCUGAUUGGCCUGGGGGUAGCCGCUAUGACCUGGACGAGAUUGAUGCCUACUGGCUGGAGCUCAUCAACUCGGAGCUCAAGGAGAUGGAGAGGCCAGAGCUGGACGAGCUGACGCUGGAGCGAGUGCUAGAGGAGCUGGAGACCCUGUGCCACCAGAAUAUGGUACGGGCCAUCGAGACUCAGGAGGGGCUGGGCAUCGAGUAUGACGAGGACGUUGUCUGUGACGUGUGCCGCUCUCCGGAGGGCGAAGAUGGCAACGAGAUGGUCUUCUGUGACAAAUGCAACGUCUGCGUGCACCAGGCAUGCUACGGGAUCCUCAAGGUGCCCACGGGCAGCUGGCUGUGCCGGACAUGUGCCCUGGGUGUCCAGCCAAAGUGCCUGCUCUGCCCCAAGCGAGGAGGAGCCUUGAAGCCCACCAGAAGCGGGACCAAGUGGGUGCACGUCAGCUGCGCGCUGUGGAUUCCUGAGGUCAGCAUUGGGUGCCCAGAGAAGAUGGAGCCCAUCACCAAGAUCUCUCAUAUCCCCGCCAGCCGCUGGGCUCUGUCCUGCAACCUUUGCAAGGAGUGCACAGGCACCUGCAUCCAGUGUUCCAUGCCUUCCUGCGUCACAGCGUUCCACGUCACAUGCGCCUUUGACCAUGGCCUGGAAAUGCGGACUAUCUUAGCAGACAACGACGAGGUCAAAUUCAAGUCGUUCUGCCAGGAGCACAGUGACGGGGGCCCCCGGGGGGAGCCCACUUCCGACCCUGCAGAGCCCAGCCCGGCUGGUGAGGACCUGGAGAAGGUGACUGUGCGCAAACAGCGGCUGCAGCAACUGGAGGAAGACUUCUACGAGCUGGUGGAGCCGGCCGAGGUGGCUGAGCGGCUGGAGCUGGCUGAGGCGCUGGUGGACUUCAUCUACCAGUACUGGAAGCUGAAGAGGAAAGCCAACGCCAACCAGCCGCUACUGACCCCCAAGACCGACGAGGUGGACAACCUGGCCCAGCAGGAGCAGGAUGUCCUCUACCGCCGCCUCAAACUCUUCACACACCUGAGGCAGGACUUGGAGAGGGUUAGAAAUCUGUGCUACAUGGUGACAAGGCGCGAGAGGACGAAGCACGCCAUCUGCAAACUCCAGGAGCAGAUAUUCCACCUGCAGAUGAAACUGAUUGAACAGGACCUGUGUCGAGAGGGGUCUGGGAGGAGAGCAAAGGGCAAGAAGAGCGACUCGAAAAGGAAAGGCCGCGAGGGCCCAAAGGGCAGCCCCGAGAAGAAAGAGAAAGUGAAAGCGGGGCCUGACUCAGUCCUGGGGCAGCUGGGCCUGUCCACCUCUUUCCCCAUCGAUGGCACCUUCUUCAACAGCUGGCUGGCUCAGUCAGUACAGAUCACGGCGGAAAACAUGGCUAUGAGCGAGUGGUCACUGAACCAUGGGCACCGUGAAGACCCUGCUCCCGGGCUGCUGUCAGAGGAGCUGCUGCAAGACGAGGAGACACUGCUGAGCUUCAUGCGGGACCCAUCACUGCGCCCCGGGGACCCUGCCAGGAAAGCCCGGGGCCGCACCCGCCUGCCUGCCAAGAAGAAGCCACCACAGGAUGGGCCUGGCUCACGGACGAUUCCAGACAAAUCCCCCAAGAAGCCCUGGGGCCAAGAUGCAGGCUCCGGCAAGGGGGGGCAAGGGCCAGUGGCGCGGAAAGCAACGCGGCGAACGCCUUCCCACCUGCCGUCUAGCCCUGCAGCUGGGGACUGUCCCAUCCCAGCAGCCCCCGAGAGCCCCCCUCUGGCCCCCAAGACCCCGGACGAGGCCGUCCCAAUGGCUGCCGACUCGAAUGUCCAAGUGCCUGGCCCUCCAGGGAGCCCCAAGCCCUUGGGCCGGCUCCGGCUGCCCCGCGAAAACAAGGGAACCCGGAGAUCGCCAGGUGCCAGGCCUGAUGCUGGGACAGGACCGCCCUCUGCUGUGGCUGAGAGGCCCAAGGUCAGCUUACACUUUGACACUGAGACUGAUGGCUACUUCUCUGAUGGGGAGAUGAGCGACUCAGAUGUGGAAGCUGAGGACAGUGGGGUGCAGCAGGCUCCCCGGGAAGCAGGGGCUGAGGAGGUGGUCCGCAUGGGGGUACUGGCCUCCUAAGUCACCCCUAUCCCAUCCCGGGCCCUGCCCUGGUCCUCCCAUGAGGCCUCAGCCCAGUCACAACUGCCAUUUCCUAUCUCUGCUGAGUGUCUCAGACCCUUGAGACUGCCACUCUGUUGUGGUUUUAUUUUUAAUAUAGAGAGAGUUUUGAAUUCCACACUGUUGUCUUUCCUCUGUGCUGGCCUAAGACAGUAGGAUUCCUUCCACGGCUCUGACCGCAAGGACCAUCGCAGGUCCUGGGCACUGUCCCUGCCUUGGCAGCGCCCCGCCCCGGCCCGCACGGCCUUGCCAGGCUCCUGGCUAGAUGUAGGCAAGGUGAGGAAGAGCCCAGGACUCCAGCCCGCUGCCACUGGGUGACACAGACCGUCGUUUGGGCAUUAUUUCAUGGCAGAUGGGCCAGCCCAGGGCCUGCCCCGCCUUGUCCCCAAAUCCUACUGGGGUCCAUUUGGGGGGUCCUGCUGCACUCCACUGAUCCCCGAGGAAGUCUAAUAAGUGAUACCCAGCCAGAGUCUACUCACUGUCACAAGCACAACGAGCUUAUACAAGAAAGCACUGAGGGGGCGCAGAGGGCCCGCUGGUUCCAGAGGAACCACAGCUGUUCCUGAUCAACCCACAUCAUCUGAGGCCUGCCUGCCCACCCCGCGACCCUCCACUCCCUUGCUGCUCCACCCCUGCCAGUGCCCAGCCCGGCGGCUCGGAGAAAGGGUUCCUGGAACUCUUCCUGAGCUGUGCCAUUUACUCAGGGGACUCCCAAACAGCCAGCCGCCAGUGCCGGUGGAGGGCUGCAAGGGAGGGCCAGUGCCCAGACAGGGGCGUGGGGCUCAGACUCCCCCACUUAGAGAAUUGCUCUGGGGCUCCAACUUCCUUCCUUCCUUCGGGGCCAGUCUCGGCCCAAGUCUGGUCACUCCCAGACGACUGACCUGACCAGACCAGACCGUUUGCCUUUUCAAAUUUUCCAGUCCUGCUAAGAGACGAGCUUCUUCCUCAGUUUCCUUUUGGAAACGCCUCCUUCCAACAAGCAGUGGGAUCCCGGGGCCUGGGAUAGGGAUCAAGUCUUGCUGAAUGUUCCUGGUUCCUCUAUCCCUAUGAGCCGUAACCCCCUCUCCUGGUUAUGCCUUCCCUCCCCACCACCGACCCACCUGCCACCUUUUCCGUUCCACCCUCUAGGUCCCAGGUAGUUGCUCUGAAGAGUUUCAGUGGAGAGGCCCCAGGGUGAUAGCUCAGGGAACAAACAAACAAGGAAUUCAGUGAAAACAUGGCUUUUUUUCUUUCAUGAAUUACUCCUGGGUCACUUCCGCCACUGGUGAAGCUAGAACUUCUCCAACAAGAACCUUGCAAAAGUCCAGUGAAUCAGUCGAAUCAUUCUAUGGAUGCCAAAGAAUAUUUUGACCAUAACACAGCACAGCCUGGACCUGACAACUUGUCACUUGGACUUUUUUUUUUUUUUUUUCUUUUAAUGGAGUUCUUUAGCAACAAAGCGUAGAGAUGUGUUCAUUGCACACACCCAAGGAGACGAGCCUGAGCUCUUGGAAAAGGAUGCUGUUCUGCUGCUGCUCAACUGUUCAAAUCGGGAAGCGGGACUCAGCAUUGGAUUUCAGGUCCGGGGCUGGGUCCACCGUGAGCUUUCCCAAACUCAGACUCACAGAGGGGGCGAAGAAUCCUGACCGAAAAACCAGCAUGGCAAAAGUCUUUACCAUGUGGUUCCCCUGACACAGAUACACAACCUGCAAAUCAGCGGGAUGGGGAGCAGCUUGACCACCCACCCCUGACUCCGGAACUUUCAAGGUACGACAGUGGCAUUGUCAUCGACACUCAGUUUCAUGGGAAUUUUAACAAAAUAGGAAGCGAAGAUAGGACUCCGUUCAGAAGAUCAGGCAAAUUGGUCCAGGUGGAAUGGACUCAGGACGGGCUUCCAGGAUUCUGGGCAUUGGGGUGGCACAAGGUACCAUGUAGAGUUGAGUCGGCCUGCCUCCUUGGCAGUCAUGGCCAGUGCAGCGUCCGCACCGGCGCCCCAAUCCCCGUUCUCUGUUUACUGCCUUUGAACAGCCCUCCUUCCCCGUGCUCUGGGUCACAAUCUUGUCUGUACUGGAUUGCCCGGUCUGACCUCGCAGGAAGCCAGGGGACGAGCUUAAAGAACAACCAAACUCUGCCAGGGGUGGGGGUGGGGUGUCAGGAAUGGCUCAGGCCCAGUAGACUCAGCACUUCCCCCCUCACCCGUUCAUGUGUUCCGAGGCAGUCUGGGUUCCCUGGGGGCAGGAGAGAACUGGGCAGAGAAUGCAGCGUAUCUGGCCAGGGUCUGGUCUGGGUACCAGGCAGGGGGCAGCCAGCUCUCUUUGGGGGGCCUCUGCCCAGGUUGGCCUCUUGAUUUUCUUCUGUGUUGGCUUUUGACUUUGGACUGGACUCUCCCUGGGGCCAUGUCCUGCACAGGGAUCUGUUCAGCCAGCUGGUGAGGGAAGUAGGGGGCCUUCACUCCCAGGCCAGGCCCUAGAGCUAUUCUUGCUGGGCAGCUGUCCACUUUCAGGGCACCCAGCAAGACUACGCAGAGGUCAAGGAUGCUGGUCCCCACCACUGUCAUUUCCUCCAUUAGCCACAGCCCCUUCACUUACUCUCUGGUCUACUGCUCACCAUGUGGACAGCUUUGCCACCCCUGGUGUUGAGCUUGGAAACAGGGAAGAAAGCAGGAGGCCUUUUGCAGGCCAUAGGCCGAGGCAGAGCCCAUGCUUGACCACAUCUGUCCCCACUCACUGGCCCUCUUCUGGGAGGGAGAAGCUGCUCUGUUACUCAUUCUGUCAUUCCCCAUUUUCCCAGUCCAGGCUGCACAGCUCCACCUUCCCCCUUUUCACAGUGAGAAAAGGAUAAGUUGCAAGGAAAGUAUUUUUAUGGAUCAUAAAUGUAUUUUAAAGUGACUAAGGAGAAGAAAGGUAGAAGGCUUUAUUUUAUUAAAUGAGCUCUCUGACUUUGUGACAGUGUGUGAGCAUUUGUAAUAUGAAGGUCUCGAUUUCCUUCGAGAAGCCCCUGAGGUUUCCACACGUGGGUGCCAGGCUAUAGGUGUGUGCGUCUGUACCAGGGCACAUUUCCUGUGUCCUUGUACAUGCGUGUUUGUGUGUCAUGUAUGGGCACGUUGUGGGACUGACUGGGGCAAUUUCUAGAGAAUCACCUGUGUGCUACUAACAGAUGUUGGCAGCAGCCGGACUUGGCAUUUCCUUGCUCAUGGCCAGAUGUGGCCAGCCUCUGCCCAUGCCCGGAGCUCUGCAGAAUGAUCCAGAUGCCUGUCACAAGGCCCUUGGGGAGGCCACUUCCCACAUCCCUGGCCCAGCUGGCCACAUUGGCCAAAGAGCCAGGGCUGGAGUCUGGGACUUUUGGUUGUUCUUUAAGGCACUUCCUGCCACCUUGUCCCUCAGACACACAAAACACUCUGUGCUCCGCAAACGACUCGGGGUGGGGGGAUGAUAUGAAUGUCACAGGAGGCGACACCUUCUGUCCUUGUUUCAAAGAAAGUGAUGUGCCAUUUGUUAAUAUACAAGAGAAAUAUUGAAAAUAUAUUGAAAAGAGCAAUUUUAAA